UGAAAAUAAAUUCACAAGCCUCCUCUCCUUCUCUUUCUCCCCCUCAUCAAUCUUCAACACCACUUUAUUUCUUUGCUUCUAGUUUUCAGUGUCUUGAGUCUCUCAGAUCGGAAACUGAAGCUCUGGUCUUUUCUAGAUCCAAAUAAAGAACCCAGUUGAAAGAUCUUUUUUUUGGGUGAAUCAGUUGAAAGAUCAGUGACCCAUUUCUAGAUUUUCUCUAGAAAACUAACCACUUUCUCAUCUGUGUUGGGGGUUUCUCAACUCACCAUCUUCUUUCAAAACCCAGUUGUUUCUCUCAAGUCAAUUUUAAUGCUCAAUACCCUGUUCUUGAUGUUUGAAAUUCAUGUCUCAAAUUCUCAGUGAACUAUUUGUUUCUGGGUUUAUGAUAAAUUCCACAUACAGACGCAGGACCCAUCUCGUUCAAUCCUUCUCAGUUGUCUUCCUCUACUGGUUCUAUUACAUUUCAUGAUUAUUUAGCCUAAAAAAUCUAUAUAUAUCUAUAUUAUUAUAUAUAAAUCUCUACAUCUAUAUAUCUAAACUAAAUUAGUGCUUUUUAUCAUCUGGGUCCUGCUUAUUUUGAUUAAAUAAAUCUCUCUUGAUCUAAUAAUUUGUGUGAUUUUGUGUUUGAGGCAAAAAAAUCUGUCAUGGCUUCCCCAAGUGGGACAUCUUCAGGGUCAUCUCUGCUUCAGAACUCAGGUUCUGACGAAAAUCUUCAGAGUCUGAGGGAUCAAAGGAAGAGAAAGAGGAUGAUUUCGAAUCGAGAAUCGGCGAGGCGGUCUCGGAUGAAGAAACAGAGGCAUUUGGAUGAUCUGAAUUCCCAAUUAGCUCAGCUGAGGAAAGAAAACAAUCAGAUCAUCACAAGAUUCAAUGUCACAACCCAAGAGUUCUUGAAGAUUGAGUCUGAGAAUUCGAUUCUGAGAGCUCAAGUUGCAGAGCUUAGUCACAGAUUGCAGUCUCUGAAUGAGAUUAUCUGUUUCUGGAAUUCUGGGAAUGAUUGUUUUGGUUCUGAAGAUGGUUUCAAUGCUUCUGAUGAAUCUGUUGAUGGGUUGUCGUUGUUGAAUAACCCAUUGAUGAGUUAUGUGUAUUUGAACCAACAACCCAUCAUGGCCUCUGUUGACAUGUUGCAGUAUUGAUCACCAGGUAUCAGUUGGUGUUUUCUAUAGAGAGAGAGAGAGAGAGAGAGAGAGAGUCUGUUGUAUUUUGUAUGGUCUAAAAUGGUAAGGAAUAAGAGGAAGUGAUUAGCUUAGUGAGAUAUGAUUAUGGGGUUCUCCUCUUUUUUCUUUUUUUUCUUUUUUUUCGAUUAUGGGGUUCUUGUAAAUGGGCUACUACUAGUAUGGAUUUUCAAGAACUGUAUUAGUGUAAUUUGUCUCUUAUAUUCUCAAGUUUUUAUGUAUUUUAUUUUUAUCGUGUUCAAA